GAUUUCAUUUCGAGGUUAGGUAUCGAUCAGUGCACUGGCGCCGUUUCGCCAGCAACAAAGAUGUGAGAGUGGUAUCGUUAUGUUUUCGUCACGGAGAUUCCCUUCGCUUGUUCAUGAGGGUUAGACCCUUUUCAUCAUAUUCCUGCUAAAAUGCCGUGCUGAUCCGCGAUACCGAGACAUGGCGCAAUCUAUCCUCGAUGCACUGACAGGUUCCAGUUUCUCUCUUGAAUCUUCGAUUAUCUUGUUUCUGGCAUUCUUUUAUAUUUGGCAGUUCGCACGCUGAGCGUUUUGCGUUUUCCUACAUGUUUCGCUGGAUGGCUCCUCAGUACAAUCCUUGUUAGAGUCGCAGAACUUGAUAGCCGAAGUCGAGCAAUCAGCGAUUGAUCAGGAUGAGGAGGACAUAUUCCAAUGUGGCAAGUGUAAAAGCCAAUUCACGUCGCUUCAGAUGUUUGUGCUUCACAAGAGGACGCAUCAGAAGACGCAGCAGAACGUGGACCUGAAUCAGUUCUUAACAAAUGAACCGAGAAUGCACCAAACGAUGCACGUGGAAGACACCGCUCAAGAUGAAUCACAGUACAAUUCACAAGAAACCUUUCAGCUUGGAGAACCUAUCAUUCUUGAAGAAGCAGAUAUGCUAUUCAGCGUGGAUCAGGAAGCUGCCAAUUACUUCACGGCAGAUUCCACGUUCGGUGUGCCGAUCAUCCUAAGCACAGAGAACCUAGAUACUUUUGAUAACGCCGCCAUCGAAGCAACAAGAGAAGACUCGAGCGAGGUGCCGACGAUGCAACUACAAAACGAUAUCAGCUCGCAGGAAGAUGCCUCGAGUCAGUCGGAGCAUCCAACUACCUCGUUGACGGACAACGAGCCGUCCUUAAUGGAUAAUGAACCGCCCUUGGAGGACAACGAACUCUCCUUUGAGGAUAUCAAGAUAUCCCUCCAAAAUAAUACGUUCGAUGAAUCGGAAAUUGAUAUUCACAUGCAGAACUUGAAGUACAAGUGUGGAUAUUGCAAUAAACAGUUCGCGAAGAAAUUCUAUUGGCAACAACACGAACGCUCUCACACCGGCGAGAAGCCUUACCAGUGUGUGGUGUGUGGUCGAGCAUUCGCACAGAAGUCAAACGUGAAGAAGCACAUGUCUUCGCACAAAGUGUGGCCUGGCACUGCCAUUCAUUCAUUACCACCCGAGGCUCCUCCGGACGGAAGUAUCGAUCGCACAUACCAUUGCCAAUUUUGCAAAGAGACAUUUGACUCGUACAAGGCUCUGAAGGGCCACUUGAUCGUUUCGCAUCUGGCAUUGAAGGUGUACAAGUGCGUGCAGAGUAGCUGCAGCAUGAUGUUCUCAGAGCUGGAGGAAUUCCUGGAGCAUACGCGCAGCCACAAGUGCUCGGAGUAUCGGUGCCACGUGUGCGGCGAGGUGUUCAGCACUCUGUCGGACCUCGGUCGCCAUCAGUAUGUCCAUUCUGUUCAAAAGCAGAAGACCACGGAGAAGUACUAUUGCUGCUCGGUCUGCAAGUCAUCGUUCUCGAAUCUGGAAGCGCUGCAGCACCAUCAGGAAACCACGACGCACGACUACGUGUGCCUGCACUGCGGCAAGAGCUUCCUCAUUGAGAGGUUCCUGCGUCGUCACCUCAAGACUCAUUCCGCGUCGGCGAGAUACGCCUGCGAGGACUGCGGCAAGGCCUUUAAAACCGAGCAAUACCUAGCCAAUCACAAACUGAUACACAGUGAGGAGACACCUUUUACAUGUCCGCAUUGUCCAGCCAGAUUCAAGAGGAAAGACCGGUUGAGCCGCCACAUGCUGAUCCACGACCUGACGAAAAGACUAAAGUGCCCGUUCAAGAGUUACUUGGGUUGCAUGAGCGAGUUCUCGAGGCCCGACAAACUCAAGCGACACCUGUUAACGCACAGCAAUGUCAAACGGUUCAGCUGUAGCCACUGCAACCGCAAUUUCCACCGAGCGCAGGCUCUCAAGCAUCACGAGAUGAAGCACAGCCUCAAGUGUGACAUUUGUUCCCACGCUUUUAAGACUAGAGAACAACUGGUUACUCACAAUUGUGAGCAAUCCGGCGAGAUCAAGAAGCACACGAGCUCCCAGUUGCCGAAGAAAGCGUCCGGCUCGUUCAAACCGAGGAGGCCCACCCCAAAGAGACAAAUGUCAUCGAAGACUGCGAUACCGCUUGCCGACAAAGAGAAGUUGGAGAAACUUAAAGCUGACGAACUACAAAGAAAAAUCGCCUUGGAAACGUUCAGAUCUGACGAGCUCAACGAGGAAGCUCGCGCGAGAAAAACGGGGAGCGGCCUCGUUCCGAAGCCGAUCGAGUCGAUAAGCGUGUCGAUAAACGAGCGAUCCAAUUCGCCGGUGAUGGAGCUCGAGGAGGGCUUGAAAGACGACACGAAAUGGCACUCGUCGCAUGUAAACGAGUAGAAUUUUGCAAUAUAUACAUAUAUAUACAUACACGCGUAUAUAUAUUUUUUUGAUUCGUAUUUAAAUUGUACAACAAUUAGGAUGUAGACACGAAUCGUCGUAGCACGUGCAAUGGGGAUCAUCGACGGAGAUUGCAUUUUAUAUUCGCGUACGGUAUUUUGUAGUUUACAUAUCUGUGAUAAUUGUAUUAUAAACGCUCUAUCGAAUAUAAGUAACUUAUAUAUAGAUAUAUAUACACAUACACACACACGCACACAUUGAGGAUGUUCGAUGUCGUUAACUCUUAUAGAUACAGCUACAGUUGUGUCCGAUACUCUGAGCAUCCUGUCGAACACUUUUGUUCGUUAACUUUUUUUAACAUUAGGAUGUAAGGCGUGCGCACGAUAUCAGAGUUGUAACAAAGCGCUUUUCGGCGCGCGAGAACCUCUUUUUAAUUUAUUUGUUACAAAAUAAUAAAUAUCUAUCAGAAGU